AUGGGUCAAGGCAUUUGCAAAUGCGAGGACGAUGAGUCGUCUAAGUCUGCCAACAUUGACGUUACCUCUGUCCCAGUGCUGGCCGACCAGGUCAAAGCCGCAAAGGCUCAGUUCAUGGGAGGCGUCCUCGAUGGCCCCUGGUUUCGGAAAGGAGACAAUGUCUUCUUGGGCAACAUCAAGGAGGAGAAGAUGAACUGGGUGCCUGGAUUCAACCAUGAUCCAUGCGAGCUGAAAGAGGUGGAUUCUUUCCGGGUAA